AUGCUGCGAGCUAAAAUUCCCAACAUUGGAAAAUUGACAAGUAACAAAGGUGCAUUAAACCAUGAAAACAGCACAGUCAAAGAAUUGAAAAACUCUCCAAGUUUCAGAGAUGGUCUCAGCGCGGAGAAAGAAUUGGAUUACAAGCAACAAGCCGCGUAUUUGAUCGGUGACUUGGGCAAGCGGCUAAGGUUAUCGGAAGCCAGUGUAAAUACUGCAACUGUGUACAUGCACAGAUUUUAUACUGAGCAUUCGCUGCUAAAAUUCCACCGGUAUGAAGUGGCUGCGACAGCAAUUUUUGUGGCUGCAAAAGUCGAAAGAGAGCCACAAAAAUUAAAUGACGUCAUCAGAGCUUUUCACAUGUGUUUAAAAAAAGCUGACAAUUACACACUGGAUACCAGCACUGCCGAGUAUAAAAAGAUUGCCAACAGUCUGGUCAUGAACGAAAUCAUUUUCCAGAUUACGUUUGAAUCUGACAUGAAUAUAAAUCACCCGCACUCUUAUGUCAAGAAAUUGUGUAGGAAAAUAAAUGCAAGAAAGGAACUUGAAAUAAUUUGUCUACAGUUAGCAGGCUACACUUUACAACUGACGUCAAUGUGCGUCAAAUAUAAACCGGAAGUUGUGGCAUGCUUCUGUAUAUAUUUUGCAAUCAAAUCGUCCAAGUGGAAGAUUCCGGAAGUCGUCGAUGGAAAUCCUUGGUUUUGGUUUCUUGGUGCCCAAGUCACGAAUGAUCUGCUAGUAAAAAUGGGUAAGGAAUUCAGCGAAAUUUUAAAUAAAAUUCCAUCACGAAUUAAGAACUGGGUUAUGUGUUUAUUUAGGAGUUCUCCAACUGGUCAACUGACCUCGGCCAAUUGUCAAGAAAGAAACUCUACUUCAUCAGAUCAAAAGACUACUUUGCCUGGAGCUGGAGACCAAAACUUUAGUAUAGUCUCAACUAACUUGACUGAAGUACUGCAGGAUAAUUGUGUUGAAAGUACGUGUACUCAAAAGACUCCAGCAACUACGGUUAAUCUUGAGGGCAUUUACGGUAUUAAUAGUGUUGACAGUGAUGAUGAAGUAAAUGAGGACGAUGAUGCAGAAGAUCAACCUCUCGACGAAGGCGAUAUUCCUGAAGAUCUGCCAAGCCAGCCAUCAACAUCAGAUGAGCAGCCAGCGACAAAAAGACGGAGAAAAAAAUGA